AUAUUAAUUAACCUGCGCUCAAACAAUGCUAUAACAUCAGCUAACUGGAGUAGGUAAGAGGGAAAUCCCCAUAAUUGCAAAGCGGAACAAACACCCUUAGGUCAACUGCCAGAGAUCUUGAACAGGUGUUAUAAAUAAGCUGACUGAAGCUAGUUCACUCACAUCUGAAGAGUCAAAUUCUUUUGAUGCACAUAAGCAGCAGCAUGAUCAUGAUGACUGGCUUCAACAUGAAGAAUGUGCCCUUAGCUGUUCUGCUGGGUCUGCUGCUACUCUUGGGCAUGUGUGAAGCCCAAAGCAACCAAGAUUGCUGUCUUUCCUAUACCAAGAAGCCUAUUCCUCACCGGGUUAUCAAAGGAUUCACAGUACAACUUUCCAGUGAAGUCUGUGACAUCAAUGCUGUCAUAUUUCACACUAAGCGUGGCUUGAGAGUUUGCACAAAUCCCACAGAUCCUUGGGUGAAGAAACAGCUCCGCUUGUUGAGGUCAGUAGGAGGGAGGAAUUGGUUGCCCUGGCAAAGCAAAAAUGUCAGAAUAUUAACUAUGGGAGGUUUCUAUAAUAGCACGGCUGUGCUUAAGGAUAGUGAGCCACACUGUGGAAAUGAAACAUUUCAUUCUUUACUUCUCCACUAGGAAGAGACAGCAGCUUAAGGCUGGAAUCCUGUACACACUUGCCUGGGAAUAAGUCUGAGUAGGACCAACUUCUGACAGGCACACCUAGGAUUGCACUGUUAUAAAUAUAGGGCAGCUAGAGGAUCCUAUUAUUUCAGAUGAUGUUAGACUUUAACUGUCUUCAGCUUCAGCCAGUAUAGUCAAUGGUGAGGGAAGAUGAAGGGUCUCCUCCACUA